AUGCCCAGUGUGACUUUGGGUAGAAAAAGGCCUUCAGAGGCUAUCGUAGAGAGCGGUACAAAGCCAAAGAAACUGAAAUUUACGGAUGAUGGCGAGGCGGUCGUAGUUUCCUCCACUACCUCAAAAGUCAAACCUGACUACUCCAAACUAACCAAGAAAGACAAAAAAGAGCAUAAGCCUUACCAAGAUGGCGUUGUGAAUGACGUUACCUCUUCCAGAAAAGAACACAGUGUAGCCAAAUCCAGUUUGGCUCUAUCCGAAGAGAUUGACUUCCCGCGAGGUGGUGGCUCUUCACUUACCCCUCUGGAGCUCAAGGAGACAAGGGCUGAAGGGAUCAGAGAAGCAGAUUCACAAAUUUUCAAGGAUUCAAACAUACAAACCUCCGCUCCCAGAAAGCGACUAAGAAGUGGAAAGCUCAAAGAUGGUGUACAAUCCAAGUCACGUAAUGCACCAGAUGCACCUAGAAUUGAAUAUCUGACUUACAAAAAAUUGCAACCUGAAACAAGAAUAAUGGCUCAAGUUGUCGGUAUCACGCCUCUGUCGGUCAUUGUGUCAUUACCCCAUCAACUAAUGGGUCAUAUUCCGAUUGACAAGAUAUCUUCGGACUUGAACAAUGCUAUGGACAGACUAAUGGAUAAGGAUAGUAAUGCAUCUGGCGAUUCACAAAGCAGUAAUGAUGAAGGAGAAGAAGACACUGAGCAUGCUAUUCCUACUCUGGAAGAAAUAUUUUAUCCUGGCCAAUAUGUUCGCGCCAUUGUAACAGCCGUCCAUCCUCAAGGGACAAGCUUACCUCCUUUGGAUAAUUCGGAGACAACGGUCAAUCUUGGAAAGCCUAGAAACGAGCUGGAAAGAGCGAGUAGGCGAGUUGAACUCAGCUUAUUGCCAGAACAAGUAAACAAAGGAAUCAGCGGAAAGGACCUCAUUAAAGAUUUUGUGAGUAGAAUUUCCUCGACGCUUCCCGUCUCAAUAUCUAGCGUGGAGGACCAUGGUUAUAUCCUGAAUCUCGGUAUACAUGAUACAACCGGGUUUCUCUCCUUCGACGAUGCUGGGAAUGAUACAGAUCGUCUCUCAAGGUCGAGUAGACUAAAAGUGGGUACAACAUUAGUCGUAAGCGUUAAGCAGAUGGAAGAGAACGGUCGAAUGUGUUCUUUCAUCGCUGGUGACAAGAUUAAUAAGUGUGAGCUUUCGAGUUUGAUAUCGAUCAAUGCAGUCCAUCCGGGCUCGCUUGUCCAAGCACUUGUCACAGCUGCUUCUUCUCGAGGUGUCAAUGUACAAAUUUUGGGAGUUUUCAAUGGAACGAUCCACCCCCUGCAUGCCUCCAAAGAUCCGUCCACCUAUUCAAUAGGAAAAAAGAUUAAAGCCCGUAUACUGUGGGAUAUUCCCGGAACCGAGCCGAAACAGUUCGCAUUGUCGACCUUGGAUCACAUUCGACAUCUGAAGUCCAAAUUUGAUUCCGAACCAUCCCCUGAUGAUGGAGCGGACCAUGAAGCCACUCAAUCAUCUAGUCUGGAUCAACAAUUUCCAAUUGGUGCCAUCCUUGGCACGGUUAAAGUCACUGAUGUGGAAGCUGAUCGAGGACUCACCUUGACUGUGACUGAUGGUAUAAAUGGCAUCGUACACAUAUCUGAUGUAUCUGAUGAACACGUGCCGUCCCUCUCGGCCACAUCUGGUCUCUAUAAGAUCGGCUCGGUUCAUCGGGCACGCGUGACCGGUUAUCACUACCUAGAUGGUACGCUGCAAUGCUCUAUGAAGGAAAGUAUUCUAGAGCAAAAGUGGUUGAGAGUUGAUGACGUCAAAGUUGGCGAAAUAGUCAAGGGGACUGUUGUAAAUCUUACGGACCGAGGUCUAUUCGUGUCCAUCUCUGGGAGUGUCCAUGCGGUUAUUUGGCCGAAUCACUAUGCGGAUAUACGUCUGAAGCAUCCUGAACGGAAGUUCAAGUCAGGGAAGACC